ACCAAAAACAUAACACUUUUCCUAAAUUCUUACACUUAAUUCUGACCAAUUUUCUUCUUCUUCUUCUUCUUCUUCUAAUUCUUCCUUCUUAUAUAAAUGGAUUGGAUCAGAGGCCAUACCAUAGGCCACGGAUCCACAGCCGCCGUCUCGGUUGCCAAGUCACGUUUCUCUGAUAAAGUUUUUGCUGUCAAGUCAGUGGAGCUAUCGAAGUCGCAGUUGUUGCAAAAGGAGCAGAAAAUUCUGUCCGAAUUGAGGUCUCCUUAUAUAGUUAGGUACAAGGGGUACGAUGUUACGAAAGAGAAGGACAAACUCAUGUUUAAUCUUAUGAUGGAGUAUAUGUCGGGAGGCACACUUACCGAUGAAAUUCGGAAACAGAGUGGUCGGAUCGAAGAGCGGUUGAUGGGGUAUUAUACGAAGCAAAUUCUGCUAGGAUUAGAGUAUCUACAUUCAAGGGGCAUAGCACACUGUGACAUUAAGGGGCACAACAUUUUGUUAGGUAAAACCGGUGCCAAAAUUGCCGAUUUUGGUUGUGCCAGGUGGAUUGAUGACGGUGGCGCAAAGCCAAUUGGCGGCACACCAAUGUUCAUGGCACCAGAGGUGGCGCGUGGGGAAGAACAGGGGUGUCCAGCAGAUAUUUGGGGAUUGGGAUGUACAAUUAUUGAAAUGGCCACUGGUGGAUCGCCAUGGACAAAUGUGACAAACGCAGCUUCUUUGCUUUACAGAAUUGCAUUUUCUAGGCAAUCCCCAGAAAUUCCCAAGUUGUUGUCUUUACAAGCAAGGGAUUUCUUAAGCAAAUGCUUGAGAAGAGAUGCAAAAGAAAGGUGGACGGCUGAAGAGCUCCUCAAACAUCCGUUUCUUGAUUUGAAUUCUACGUCAAUUCAAGAUUUUGCGACAAGCUCCCCAACAAGCAUUCUUGAUCAAGACAUAUGGAAUGAAUCAGAAAACGUGGAUUAUACAAUAUUACAAACACUUAGCUCUCCUCUACAAAGAUUAAGAGAUUUGAGUUCAAAUUCAGGAGAAUUAAAGUGGAGAUGGAAUGAUGAUGAGAGAUGGAUCACAGUUAGAAGCAGCGGUAGUGAAUGAGUAGAUUUUGUACUGCACAACAGAAAAAUAUUUAAUAAUCCAAGGAUUAUCUAGGGUCAUAUAAUAUGAAAGACCACUCAUUCUUUUUUUAAUCGGACGUGGGACUCUUCAACAUAAUACACAACAGAACGCUAGGGGAAGAACUGGACCUCUUGCACAUUCUCUUUCAUCAUAGAAAGAAAAGUCUAAACAAUUCUCGGAUAAUAUGGAGUUUCAAUAUAACGAAACGUGAAAGCAAAUAAUUGUUCAUUAUUGUAACGCACAAACAGUUGAAGAAACCUCUCAUUUCAUCAAUUAAGGAAAAGGUCUUUUAAACCUCACAAAAGAAAACAAUUUCAUUGGAUACA